UGGCCCCGGCCAGCUGAGCGUGAUGGAGACCAACUCCUUUAAGCACAGCAACCAGCUUUCUCUGCGGCUGACGCAGGGCUCUGACAAGCACGUCAAAGACUACCUGGCUGCCUGUCUGGCCUCUGUCAAGGUGACACCAAGCUGCCCUCGUUACAUCAAACUUGAAGACAGAGGAACGUGGUGCUGGCCGAGCGCUGCGCUCUCCUCAGCGCCGAGAUCCUCAAGAGUCAAGCAAAAUACUCUGAAGCGGCUGCGCUGCUCAUCAAAAUGACCAGUGAGGACUCAGACCUGCGUAGCGCUCUGAUGUUGGAGCAGGCAGCCCACUGCUUCAUAAACAUGCGCACUCGCAUGCUGCGCAAGUUUGCCUUCCACAUGAUUCUGGCGGGUCACCGCUUCAGCAAAGCGGGCCAGAAGAGGCACGCACUGCGGUGCUACUGCCAGGCAAUGCAGGUGUACAAGGGCAGGUCGUGGUCCCUGGCCGAGGACCACAUCAACUUCACCGUCGGGCGCCAGUCGUUCACGCUGGGCCGGCCCGAGAAGGCCGCGCAGGCCUUCAAGCAGAUCCUGACCAACGACAGCCGGCAGACAGCCGCGCAGCAGGGCGCGUUCCUCAGGGAGUACCUCUACGUUUACAAGACGGUGAUCAGCCGGAGUGGCGUGCGUCUGCCUCAGCUGCCGCUGCCAUGCAUCCAUGGCGCUGCCACCAGGGUCUACUUUGGGCACGAGCGCCGUCUAGCCGAGGGUGAGAAGCAGGCUGCCACGCAUGUGUCACUGGACCAGGAGUAUGACGCCGAGCAGGCAGCCAUGUGGUGCAAGCUGGAGGAGCAGCUGGUGGCUGCUGCCAAUCGAGGGGUGGUCCCCGCCAACUUUCAGCCCAGCCAGUGCUACCUCAACAGCCAGACGGACAAUCUGCGCCACCCGCUGGUCGUUGUGGAAGAGCCGGUGGUGGUGGUGGAGGUGGUGUUCAGGAACCCUCUGAAAGUUCCGCUGGCGCUAUCCCGCCUCUCGCUGGUCUGGAGGUUUACGCGCGACACCCACGCUGCUGCCGCCACGGAGGACGCCGGAGAAGAACUCGUCAGCAACCAAGACACGUUGGAGCAAGAGUCAAGGCAGACAGAUGAUGUGCUCACUACCGAGACCAUCCUGGACUUCCACUUGGCCCCCGAGGAAACCAAAAUGGCUCGACUCAGGCUGCUGCCGCACCGGACGGGCUGCCUGAGUAUCACGGGCGUGGUCUAUGACCUGGCUGCUGCAUCCCCGGCGGAGACGCCGGACGACGAUGACGGGCUGCUGAAGGCCGAGACAAUAAUCGUCAGCGGCAAGCAGGACCUGAAGAUCAGAGGCCCGCGACUCAAUCACACCAAAGAGGACAAGAUGUUUGUGCGCUACGGACCCGACCGGCGCUUGGAGCCCAUCGUUACGCCACCGAUGCCCCUCAUGGAGGUGUUCUUCCUGCAGUUCCCGACAGCGCUGCUGUGCGGCGAGAUCCGCAAGGCGUACGUGGAGUUCUGCAACGUGAGCGGCGUGUCCCUAUGCGGCCUACGCGUGGCGUCCACUCACCCCGAAUUCUUCACAUUCGGGAAUCCGUCGGCCGGCACGCCGCUGACGCCGCUUAGCCCCGCCUCUGCCGAGAACUUCUCGGCCUACAAAACCCUGGCGGCGGCACCCGGGUCCGGCGCGGCCUGUGAGACGCUGGUGUCUGCCGACGACUUUGGGCCCACGUCUGACAUGGUGGACGUCCCUGGCGGCGGCACGCUGGAGCCAGGACAUUCCGUGCAGCUCCCGCUCUGGCUGCGAGGACCUGACCAGGAAGGAGUCCAUGAGAUCAACUUCCUCUUUUACUAUGAAAGCCCAGACAAACGAAGCAAGAUCAGCCACCGGGUGGUUCGUCACUCGGUGUUUAUUUGCGCCAGUCGCUCUCUCAGCGUUCAAGCGUCGGCCCACGCCAGCGCCAUACCUCCUCAGCGAGGACAGGACCAGGAUGGCGGCAGCACGCUGGUCUUCGUCGAUGUUGAAAACAUCAACACGAGCGACGCUGCCGUGCGCGAGUUCCACAUCGUCCAAGUUUCCAGUGGCAGUCAACACUGGAGCCUCAGCAAGUGCAUCAAUCCGGCCAAGGAUAAAGACUGCAAAGUAAGCAGCAAAGAGCGAGCCAAGCUUUGUUUCAGAGCGGCACCGUGCAAAGCUCGCCGAGCUUCCUUGGACCGCGCCGAGAUGUUCACCUUUGCCGAUGUCAAUCUGAGUGACGAGCGGAUUGUAAGUUCGGCCACGCCCUGCGGCGACUUCUUCUGCUGCCGCCGGACGUCCAAGGCUUGCCGUGCCGACGCCUGCUCCUCGGGGUCAAGGACGCCCUCCGGGGGCAGAAGCCUGGGCGAGGACUUGGUCCGCGUGGUCAACGAGUGCGACCGGCUGGACCUCAACAUUAUUGUCAUCUGGAAGGCUUACGUGGUGGAGGACAGCAAGCAGCUGAUCCUGGAAGGUCAACUCCACGUGGCGCUGCAGGCGGUGGGCGAAGAAGCCACUUCCCUCGCUCCCAAGCAGGACACUCAGGAGAUGGUUCUGCUCAAGUUCAAGUCGGAUCCGCCACCUCCCGCCGUGCCGCCAUCCACGCAACUCUCACGACUCAUCAAGAGCAACCUGCGCUACUCGGAGACAUACGCGCAUGACUUUGCACACGACAGUGUUUGUGUGGUUCCCGUUUGUUUGGUUUUGUCCAACUGCUGCCGGACUGAUGUAGAUAUCACAGUAGACCUCAGGCACAAAACCACCAGCUCCAGACUGGAGGGAAAUUCAAGCAAGGCAACUUCCUUGCAACUGCUACCAAGACGGACACUGGGAAGGAUUUCCAAUUGGCCUGAGGCAGAGAGAGUCAGGAAGGCUGAGUCCCUCUUCAGCAGCAGUCUGAAGAGAAGCCAUGCCACAGGUCUGCAGGACAGCAACGUUUGGACAAACAAUGGAGAUGUGGCAUUGCGCAUCAAUUUGGAGAGCACCAGAGGUCAGGAGGACAGGUUUGAAUAUUUCCCCCAGCAGUUAUGCCCUCUCUGCGGAACUUGCAGUGAUGCUGGCGCUUUUGAAGAGAGGGACCAUUAUUGCUGUCCAGAGUGGCAAGUAACUUCCAAGUCUUGUUAUUUGGGGAAUAAUCUCAGGGAGGAAGUGGGUGUUGUCUCUAUCCCCAUCAGCCAUGGCAAGUGACCUGCUCUCCUCACAUAUUUCUGUCACCCACUCUCGGACAUUAGUCUGGAUGUGCUGAUUUAAUCCAUCACUUGGUUCUUGUCCCUCAACUUCCUCAUCUGAAAUGGGGACAAAUUCCUCUGCGAUUUGCGCUCUCAAGUAUUUCUUGCACCUUUCUGAUGGGAUAGGGGCUCCAGAAUUGUCAUUACCCUCCGUCUCACUCAGUGCCACAAUGGUGAUAGCACGAAGAAGUUCUUUUGCAUGUUGCAAACAUUGUGACUUAAGAAGCUGUGCUAUUGACCUAACAAAGAAAUCCUUAAAACGAGGUCUUUUGUUUUUCAGGCAGUCCCAUCGGCAGAUCAUCUUAAUGCAAUGUGCUACAUCUACCCUGACAAAACAUGAGGGUAGAUGUCCAGGUUGAUUCCCACGUGAAAUGUUAUAGCACUCAUUUAUGUAGCUCUUCAGAUCAGGAUGAGGGGUAAAAGCUUUGACUAGAGCUCCAAGAAUGGCCAGAGAAAAGCCACUCACUGCUUUUUUAGGAACAGAUGCACCUGCAUGGAUCCAUUCCUUCAGCCACUGUGUGAUAGCAUUAACAUCUUUCUUCUCUGACAGCAUCUGCAUGACUGGGACACUGGAGCUGGUAUGCCCUGUCAUAACACCCUGAUACAGGAAGAUAUGGCCAAACAUGCCAUUCGGCCUCAUCAGUUUUUUAACUAUUGAGCCAGUUGCAUCAACACAUAAUAUUGGGUGGGAUUUCUUUAAGCUCUUGUACACAUGCAUUUGUGUUUGACUCCAAUAGUGACAGAAGAACUUGUCAAGUCCAAUGUCUUUGAUGCUGUCACUGUGAGGUGCACUGUAUUUCAACAUCUGCAAUGAUAAAAUUGGAUUUUGGUCACCUAAUGCCAAAUCAUUUUUCUCUUGCUUUGCCUUGCGGACGGUGGCCAAAUUUGGCAGGUGGCUUGGCUCAGGGUCUCCGAAGUCCAUCGAUUUAUUUGCCUGUGAUGCUCGCCAUACAUGUGGUUCCAUCCUGCCCUCACAAAGUUCCUUGGCUACCUGCACACGCAACUGUUCAGAUAGAAACCGCUUUGAGCUACCAGUGUGUAGGGAGUCAUCACUGUUCUUAAUGAAACAGUUCAAUAUUAUUGGACUGUUAAUUUCUGGCUCCCCACUACAAUUAAUGUUGAGAAGGCCAUGACACUCCUUGCAGUAUCCUCUGAUUUCGAUAUAAUUAUUUGAGACCAAUGGAUAGACCUUGGCUCUUUUAAAAACAAAUGUGCAAGGAGUUUUGACUGUUUUCCAGAUUUGUUCAUUUAGGAUGUGGGUCCAGGUGCCAGGCUUCAAAAUUGUAUAUUCUCUUUUUCGGGUUCAACUGUUCUUAUCUCUGUAUUCAGCCUUUUCCGGAAUAAAUUCCAUCCACUUGUCAAAAGGAAUAUGAAGCUGAAAGGACUGUUCAGGUCCUUAUUCCGAGCUUGCUUCACUGCUAGUUUCAGGAUCAGUUUCAUCAUGACUGAAUCCCAGAGCUGACAAGAUAUUGCGUCUGUUUGUUUUUACAAAGGUGUACAGAGCCUUUGCAGACAUCUUCUUUUCCAACUGGUCACUCAGAUCUGUCCACACAGUAGCGCUUGGAGUGGCUACGUUACCAUUUUCAAGUAUGGCCUCUUUUGAUGAGCAGAGAACUGCAACAAUUAAAUCAUUGUCUACUGCUGGUUGUUUGGGCAUCUAGUUGAAGGACAAAUAUAAAUAUAAUCAGGAUUCAUUGCUUGAAUAAUUAAAAUUACACAUGCGUGAUCAUUAUAAUUGCUAUGCAUGGACGGAAAAAUGAUGCAAAGGGAAAAAUAUUUUGACAUCAAAAUGUAUCAAGCAUGCUUUCUUUAGUAAUUUAGUUUUCUUGGUCAGUGCAAAUUACACAUGUAUAAUAAGACAAUGUUAGCCAACUAACUAUUCAGACUACCUAGGGUGUUUUUAAUUCUAUAUUGUAGGAACUUUUUUUUUUUACAUUUUACUUACAUUGGUCAAUGGUCACUUCCCAGAAAAAGACGCUUUCUGUCACUCACUGUUAUUAAAUCUUCGGAGAUAGUUGUGCAUUUGUCGCUUGAAAAAGUUGCACGUCUUUGUUUUUCGCCACCCUGUUGCGAUAUGUCUUACAGGUGCGCUUGAUUUGGUUCCCCCGUGAGAUUUUGUUUCCCCUGCCGCGGGAGCGCGCACACCUUAUUUGGAAACCGAAAAACCGAUGUCGUACGGCGUCAGCACUACGUUGUUUUCAAUAAAAACAUGAAGAACUCA